AUGGAAACUCCCUUAGUCCCAUCCCACGAACCUUCCCCUGAAAGACAAUCCCUUUUCGUACCCACACCUCUUUUGUCCAUGCCUAUUCCGUCCCCACAUAAACAUUUAUCCACGCUCCCACCUACGUUACCAAGUCCCAUGCUCAAUACCUUACCUGCUAUUACCGUUCCGCUUCCUUCCACACCUCUUCCUACUGUUAACCGUCAACCCGCACUAACUACAAAGAUGUCUUCAGUUUUCAGGAUGCCUCUCAGGGGAGCAGAAUCUGCGCCCAAGUUUGAUGGCACACCUGCGUGCCUAGUUCCUUAUUUUGAGGAAGUCGAAAUCUUGGCAGGAUAUAUGUCCCUUGAUCCGACAAAUACCAUCAAGGCAGCCCUUCGAUACACGUCUACCAGCGAAACUGAGAUAUGGGCCCUCCUACCCUUGGCUUCCGGAGCAGAUUGGGACAAGUUUGUAAAAGAAGUAAAAGCGAUGUACCCCGGAUGCAAGAGUGACCGCUGCUUUUUGCGCACUGAUCUUGAAAACCUUUGCAGAGAGAAUGCGCGCAUUCCUAUGCGUUCACAGGAGGAGCUUGGCCAGUACUACCAAGAAUUCUUCAAGAUCUCACAGCACCUGAUAACCAAUAAGAGGUUAGCGGAUCUGGAAUGCGACUGCCUGUUCUUAGAAGGUAUUCAUGCUGCGGCCAACGCGGCUAUCAAGCGUAGGCUGGAGAUUCAACUAACUACGCAUCACCCAGAUGACCCUUAUGUGCUCUCCAAUGUAUAUGCAGCAGCUAUCUUUUUAUUACCUAGCAUCAUGUCAACCACGGUCCCAAUAUUGACCUCAACACCGCAUGCAACGACCUUGUCUCCGGCGUACCUGCCGUGA